AUGUCUCAAGAUCUAGCGCCACUCUUUCACUCAUCGGAUCAGGAAUUUAUUUGUUACUUUCUAUCCAUGCUUGCCAAUGUAAAAGAUUUGGAAAAUUGUAAAUUAAUUUCUCAAGAAUGGAAUGAAAUUAUGCAAACAUAUUCUGAUGAAAUUUAUUCAAAUCGAAUGGAAGUAAUGAUUAAAAGAGAUAAAUCAUUGAAGGGAUUACAGAUCAUGUUGAAGGCUGAAUGUAAAAAAUUUAGAAAGAAUACUGUAUGCUUGUUUCGAUUAUUUAUUCAAUUGAGUGAAAAGUGGAAAGUUUUUUGUUUGUCAGGGUACUUUCCAUUACUCACUGGUUUCGAUAGUUAUUUAAUUAAAUUUAUUAAUUGCUCUUCUAGAGGUAUUAGACGAACGGUCGAUGAAUUGGAAAAAUUGAACAAGGUAUGGGAAAAUCCUGAAAAUAGAUCAACAUAUUAUUCAUUCCAUUCUGAGAGGGAUUUGGAAGAUUCUUUUAGAAUUCAUCAUAGAACUUGGAUUAAUAUAUUGGAAAAAACAAAGUGGAGUAUUGGAUUGGAUAGGGAUGAAACUAAGGAAAUAACUAAAGGAAUGUCAAAGCUUGGAGGAAGUGCAGACAUUCCAAAAGAAUGGUGUGGUCAAUUAUCAGAUCAUUCCCUGAUUUUACAAUUGAAUUAUUCCAUCACAUGGUUGGAUAUUCCAAAGACACCCCUAUUGUUUUGGUAUGACGUUACAGAUGGAGAUUUUGAUUUCUAUUAUAAAUCCAUGGCAUUUAACACGGACACUAAAAAUUACCUGUUUGGAUAUGGUGAUGCAGAGUAUGUUCCCAAAGAGAAAAGUUUAUUUGCCUCUUUAUUUGGGGAUAGGUUUGGAUUUGCAGAUGGUGAUUGCUUAUAUGUUAGUUGUGCCAAGAAUAGAGAUUCAACAUUUGAUUUUGACACACUGGUUGCUAAGAUUUCUUAUUAA